UGUUACAGUAUAGCUAAAAUGCAGAAUGAAUUUAGGGUCGUUCUAAAAUGGAGCGUGGCUGCUUUGGACGUGUUUUACAGCGUUUAGUCGAUGCUUUCCAAGAUGGCGGUCUACAUGGUUGGAUUGCUGUGUUGGGUUUAUUUAUAUCAAAAAUGGCGUGGGGUGCUCUAACAAAAAGUAUGGGUAUGAUGUUACCUUCCUUACAAGAACAGUUCGUCACUUCAACUUGGUUGAUUGGAUGGAUGGUUGCUAUUAUAGAAGCAAGUGCGUAUCUCUCAAGCAUCAUGGCAACGCCAGUUAAUGAGAGAUUUGGCGCCAGGACUGUGUUAACAGUGUGUGGAUUAGUGGCCGGUAUCUCAAUGAUAACUGCGUCAUUCCUGUCCAGUUUAUACGCCAUUACCUUCAUCCUUACCGUGUUUACAGGACCAGCUAUUGGCUUUUCCUACGUAAUAACAAAACAUCUUAUCGGGUGCUUUUUCACCAAAUCUAUUGCUAUGGCCUACGGAUUGGCAACCUUGGGCAGUGCAUUCGCCUUCGUGGCCGCUGUGCCCUUGAUACAACUCUUCCUAGAUACCUACGGCUGGAGGGGAACAAUGCUACUUCUUGGAGGAUUAUUAUUACAUCUUGCUGUCUGUGGAGCUCUGAUGAAACCACCUGCAGCUAGUAGGAGUCAAGAUGGUUAUGAGGCAGCUCUCACAGACGAGGAGCAAGAGACCGGGGAAGACAAAGUGGCACCAAGCAACUGCUUUGGCUGUUUUACAUUAGUUUAUUCUUUUACUAGAGAUACAUUCCAGCUUGGUUUAUUCUCAUCCAUAUCAUUCUGGCUGGUUGCUCUGAUGUACAGCAUAUAUUUAAUGACAAACUCUGCUUGGUUGAUAUACUAUGUGCAGUAUGCGACCGUGUAUAAAGAAUUCACGUUGGAAGACGCAUCGCAUUUCAUCGUUGCUUUUGGACUCGGGAGGGGGUUCUCCUGCUUUGUGAUUGGUCCGUUGGUCCAAACUGUUCAAGUUUUCAGCACACACACAUGGAUUGCCUUAGCUCUACUUCUACAAACCAUUUACUUCGCCUUGGAUCCUUGGUUGACGUCGUAUUGGCUGAUUACUGGAAAUGCUUUUGUUUUUGGAAACGCUGUGUCAGUGUCAGCAAUACUACUUGAUGUUGUGGUCAAGGAGACUUUCGGCAAAGAACAGAUGGGCCAUGUAUUUGGAUGGACGGGAUCUUUGGCUGGUGUGACAUUUCUCCUUCUUCUAUAUUUUCCAGGAUUGAUUUACGACUUGACUGGAGACUACACCGUUGCUUUCUGUCUGUUGGCUGGUGUACUAUCACUGGCUGUUUUUUCUGCACUGUGGUUAAACUGGAGGCAAAAACACCAUCGCAGCUCAAUUUGAGAAAUUAUCACUAGCAGGUUCUUUGUUAACCAUUAGUUCCGGUUAGCAACUGGCAAAAUAAAACUGAACAAUGUUUUGUUUAAUUACUCAUCGUGUUUAAGUUAACAUGAAUGUAUGACUUCCUAAGACAACACGCUUGGAAAACAUAGUUUAAAGUUUGAAUGGACAGUGAAAGGUUGUUUAUCCGCUGGAUUUUUACAUCAUAGACUGGUCCGCUGUGUCAUCUACCAUCGACUUGACUUAAGCCAGACCGUCGUGUAUGAUAUUGUUUAAUAGCUGUCACAGGUUGUCUAAUGGAAGCAGUUGGUAAUAGUUGUUUUGUAUAUUGUGUGGUACUCUAAAAUAUAGGGCCAUGAUUUGCUGUUGUAAAUAGUGCUAACGCGAGCUGCUACUGUGCAACUGCUGGGGCAAGCGCUACUAGCUACUGUGCAGCUGCUACAGCUACUGUGUUGAAAUGUUGUAAAUAGUUUGGACAGGUGGGCAAGUGCUACUGUGCAGCAGUAAAACUUGCAAUGCAAGCACAAAGAUUUUUUGUUAGGGGCGGUCCUUUGUUUUCCUUGGGGCGUUGGCUCUCAGGAAUGUCUUGAGAAUUUCACUGGUAUGCUUGAGUGUAGAUUGUGGUGGUGGUGUAUAUGAA